AUAGAAAAAUCCCGGCCCUUUCAAAAACCCUACGCCCCUCGUCGCCAUUGCACUUGCACAGCACCCCCUAUCUCUCUCAGUUCGAUUUGCUUCAGCAAAGACGCUCUGCGAUUGGCUUCUUCUCCCUCGCAAGGAUACCUGCUUCCUUCAUGCCAUCGCGUAAGGAUACUACAUGCCCUCGCGCGCGCGUGUGUGUGUCUUGACCUAUGUCAGUGCUCAACUGUGGCCUUCCUUCGUAUGUACGCACUGUCCUCGUGUGUGUGAUCUCAUCAGCAAGACGUAUCGAAGAAACUUGGUUCUAGUUCAGAGCAAGCGGCGUGAUGCAGGGAGGCCACGGAUACUACGGCGGCGGCUCCCCGCCUCAGGGCUACGGCUACGGUGGCCAUGGCCACGAGGCCGGGUACUACUCCAACAUCUACCCGUCGGUGCCUGAUGACCCGCUCGCCGGACAGAAGGCGCACGAGUUCACAGCGGCGCGGACGAACGAGCUCCAGUUCCAGCCAACGGAGACGUGCCCCAAGAACUACUUCAUCUUCGACCAGACGUACGCCGAGAGCCGGGUCAUGUUCCACCCCUCGCUGGCCCACAAGUUCGAUGCCGGGAAGAGCACGUACCGGGAUAAAGACUACGACGACAGCUGCUCGGUCCGGCGAAGGGAGGACACCGACGAGAUCGACGCGCUGCUAAGUUCCGAGGAGGACGACGUGGUGAGCACGGGGCGGACUCCAGGGUACCGAGACGGGAGCUCCCCCGACUCGUGCUCGUCCGGCAAGAAAAAGAAGGAGCGGAUGAAGAAGAUGGUGCGGACGCUCAAGGGCAUCAUCCCCGGCGGCAACCAGAUGGACACGCCGGCCGUGCUGGACGAGGCCGUCAAGUACCUCAAGUCGCUCAAGGUGGAGGUCAGGAAGCUCGGCGUGCGCGGCUCGGACAGCUAGCUAGCUGCAGGUGCAUGGCAUCAUCGGUUCAAGCACUGAUCGAGUACUGACACGGCAGCCGUACCGCAUCCUGCCACUUGACCGAUGGCAUCUGCAUUGUCGGUGGCAUAAGGCAGCUUUGCUGGCUCUCUUUUCGCAGUGACAUGAUCGAUCUUGGCUAAACUCUUUUUGUUCACUGACUCACUGUCAUGUGGCAUCCAUGAUGAGUGCAUGGGGAGAGCAAGAUGUGAGAGAGGUAUGUAUUGAGAAUGCACAAUAGCUAGUGGUCUGCUUCCGGUGUAGUAGUAGUAGUAACAGUAGUGGAGCGAGAUGAUGGAGAGAGCAGAGCAAUUCAGGGAUGCUCACUUUACUUCUCCCCUUGUUGGUGGCCUAGGUAGCUAGUGCAUGCUCCUCAUUUUCCCUUGUAAGCCUCAGGAGCAUCCUGGAUAGAUUCUACUCCCUCCGAUUUCCAUAA